AUGGCUUCGUCGGAAGCGUCAUCAGCGUCAGAGCAUGUCAAGGAGCGACCAUCGCGACUUCGUCGCCUCUUCCCACGUCGCCCGUCAGCCGAACCUCAGAACGAGAAACAAUCGUCACACCCUCGCUGGAGCUUUGGCAUCUUGAAUGAUCGCGAGACCGUUGAAGUACCAGGCUCUGUGUUACUGCUUGCUGCCAAUCGCAACGAGCCCCUGGGCCUGAGAAACGUCCAUGCGCGAACAUCUCACUCCUCUAUCCCGGCCGGGUUUCCUGUCGAUGCCUCCUUGACGCCCGGGCGGGCAUCAGCAGGCCACCGUGCCGCCGCCGAUCCAUCCGCCCAAGCCGGCGACCCAGCCGAGGGAAAGAAGAAGACCGAGGACGGCACCAUCAUUCUCGAGCCACAGCCAGAAGACUCUGCCAACGAUCCGCUCAAUUGGCCUGGCUGGCAGCGCGAUACGGCUCUCAUCUCGCUCGGCUUUUAUUGCAUGAUUGGCGGUGGCAUCGGUCCGCUCAUCGCGGCUGGCUUCACCGAUAUUGCCCACGAGUACGACGUUACGGUCGAGAACGUGUCGCUUGUCGUCGGUCUGUAUAUGAUGGGGCUCGGCAUCGGAGCUGUCUUAGCAUCGCCCACCGCCAUCUUGUUCGGGAAGCGACCCGUUUACCUCGCCAGCGCCAUCGUCUUCAUUGGAACUUGUGUCUGGGCGGGUCACUCCCCUAGCUUCCCUUCCCUUCUGGCCGCUCGGGUGUUCCAGGGCAUGGCAAUGAGCCCUGUCGAAUGCCUUCCUUCGGCGACAAUUGCCGAGAUCUUCUUUCUUCAUGAGCGGGCGUAUCGUAUCGGUAUAUACACAUUGCUACUGCUAGGCGGCAAGAACUUGGUCCCCCUUCUACAUAUGAAGCCUCUGACAAUCAACAGCAUAGUCGCAAUGGUCGCUGGUCUUGGCUUUAGCCUUUUGUUUCUGUUUGUCCCCGAGACGUUUUGGGACCGCACGCCCACAAGGCGACCGUCGAAGAGGCCAAGCUUUCUUCGCCGCGUCUCGUCCCGCCGUAGUGUUCCCAGGCCACCGGAUGUCCCCGACUCAUCGAGUGCAGCAGCCAAGACACCCGAGCGCCCAGGACACCAGGCGCCGGCUCGAGGGCCGCAACUUCACGUGGAAUUCGCUGCCGAAGGUUGCAGUUCCACUGCUACCAAUCCUGAGAAGACGGACAGGUCUUCCCUCGAUGCGCCUGGCGCUGAUGUGCCGACACCUGAAAAGAAAUCAACGGACAUCAACAAGAGUCCUGAUGCUACAUUGCUCAUGGAUGAGAAGAUAGUGGCAGCGCCCGGCCAGGCACUUCAACACGGCAACGCAGCCAGUGAAGGCGUACCGUCACCACGACCCAUCCUGGCUCGAACCCCGAACAGCUACCUUGUCCAGUCCCCGUACACACAUAGCAUCGCCGGGAGUGAGACCAAUGUCGACUACUUCAUGCACGGCCCGAAUCUCGAUAAUGAACGAAUCCCAGCUUCGGCCCUGAGGGCUCCUCCAAAAAUCCAGGCGUACACACAUGUUCUCCGCCAACAGCCCGCCCAGACAUUCGCACAGCACCUACGACCGUACCAUGGCCGCCUCAAUAACGAUAAGUGGCUCAAGGUCAUGGUUCGGCCAUUUGUCCUGUUCUCAUACCCGGCAGUGUUGUGGUCCGCCGCCGUGUACUCAUGCUCGAUCGGCUGGUUGAUGGUCAUCUCGGAAACCAUGGCCAUCAUCUAUCGAGACCCAUCGUCAUAUAACUUCACAUCGCUGCAAACCGGUCUCGUGUAUAUCGCACCAUUCAUCGGCGGCGUUCUAGGCACCGGCGUAGCCGGCAAGAUCAGCGAUAUAAUCGUCCGCGCCAUGUCGCGACGCAACGGCGGUCUCUACGAGCCUGAAUUCCGGCUCGUCAUGGCCAUCCCCAUCAUGGUGGCGACUUGCAUCGGCCUCAUGGGCUUCGGGUGGUCGGCGCAAGACAAAGACCACUGGAUGGUCCCCACCGCGUUCCUCGGCGUCCUCUCCUUCGGGUGCUCCCUGGGGUCGACGACGGCCAUUACGUUUUGCGUCGACAGCUUCCGGCAGUACGCCGGCGAGGCGCUCGUGACACUCAACUUCUCCAAGAACAUCCUGCAUGGGCUCGUUUUCAGCCUGUUUGUGUCGCACUGGAUGGCGCACGACGGCCCGAGAAAGGUGUUCAUCUGGCUUGGCGUCAUCCAGCUGCUGCUGCAACUGACGACGAUUCCGCUCUUCAUCUAUGGCAAACGGGCGCGCAUGUGGACGGUGAGGAAGAACUUUAUGGAGAGAUUUUAG